GACCUCACCACUGGCCAGAAUCUAGGACACAGGGCCUGAUUUUGCGCCCAGUUGAGUGAGGGGAACCCCCGCCCAACACCUCGCCCGGAGCUGGCCCAUUUCACUGUGCGCCCCGAGAAAGCCACUUUCUGCCCCUCAGACCGCAAGUUUCGAGGCAGCAGCGGGAUGGGGGUGAGGGAUGGAGGCGGGCAGAAGUGGAGGAACCUCCCGGGCCAUUCUCCCUCCCAGGCUGCUCGCCUCCUCCAUACCUCUGGCAGCCCCUUCCCAGCCUCUCCUCCCCCAGAACGCGGCCGGGACUCGCGGGGUCGCGGCGCCUGUUUCCCCUGCCUCCGCAGACGCGGCCGGGGCCGGAGAGGAGGGCGGAGCCCGGCCACAAUCACCGGACUCCAAUCCCCCAAGGGCUGCGGGGCUGGGGGACCAGAGAGGUGCACUACAGACUCCAGGCCGUCCUCUGUCCCUUAAGACUUUUCUGGAGAAAAGCUUCCAACAGCUCUUCGCCUCCCCUCCUUUUCUAAGGCGCGGGAGAACUGUCUCCACCGCCCGGGAGCGGCGGAUUGCAGGGCGAGGGCCGAGAUUUAUACAUUAAGAGUCCUGGGGGCACCAGGCUCCUCCCCUUUUCUUUUUUUUUUUUUUCCUUUUUUUGGUUGCCUGUGGGGAAAGAGGGGUUCUUUUGUGUGUGUGUUUCUGCCGCAGAUCUUUCCCGGACGGUGAGUCUCAGCAGCACUGAUCCUGAGGCCCCCAGCCGCGGGCGGAGGGCGUGGGGGGUUGAGGCACUCACUCCUCCCUGUCUCUUCCUAAAGAAGCCACUCAGCCUCAGCGGGGCGCUCGGCGACUUCAGCUGACCGGUCGGCCGGGCCGCGGCGAGCGCGCUGGCCAUUGGAGUGCGCGGCUGCGGAGGGAGGGGACCCCGACUCGAGUAAAUUGAGAACGCGGCGCGCUCAGUCGGGGGCAGCGGCAAGAUGCCGAGCGCGCCGUGCAGACCCGGAGCUCCCCGAACGCAGCUUCGUCCAGCCUGAGCCAGGCUGCGGUUUCUGAGGCCCUCUCCAGCCACGGAAAAGCUACACAAAAAGCCUGGAUCGCUCUCGCUCAACCACCCCCGCUGCCAGUGAAGGCUCUCUCCGCCUCGCCCUCUAGCGUUCAUCUGGAGAAGUACCGCCCCGGGCUCCUGGGGACAAUGCGCAUCAUGGGGUCCACCAACAUCCCGCUGGUCAAGGCCCUGCGCAGCUCUGUCUCCGACUAUGUCAACUACGACAUCAUCGUCCGGCAUUAUAACUACACGGGAAAGCUGAAUAUCGGCGCGGACAAGGAAAACGGCAUUAAACUGAUCUCAGUGGUGUUCAUUCUCAUCUGCUGCUUUAUCAUCCUAGAGAACAUCUUUGUUUUGCUGACCAUUUGGAAAACCAAGAAGUUCCACCGACCCAUGUACUAUUUUAUUGGCAACCUCGCCCUCUCAGACCUGUUGGCAGGAGUGGCCUACACGGCCAACCUGCUUCUGUCUGGGGCCACCACCUACAAGCUAACCCCCGCCCAGUGGUUUCUGCGGGAAGGGAGUAUGUUUGUGGCCCUGUCUGCCUCCGUGUUCAGCCUCCUGGCCAUCGCCAUUGAGCGCUAUAUCACCAUGCUGAAGAUGAAACUCCACAAUGGGAGCAACAGGUUCCGCUCGUUCCUGCUCAUCAGUGCCUGCUGGGUUAUCUCCCUCAUCCUGGGGGGCCUGCCCAUCAUGGGCUGGAACUGCAUCAGCGCGCUGCCCGGCUGCUCCACAGUGCUGCCGCUCUACCACAAGCACUAUAUCCUCUUCUGCACCACGGUCUUCACUCUGCUCCUACUCUCCAUCGUCAUCCUGUACUGCAGGAUCUACUCCUUGGUCAGGACUCGGAGCCGCCGUCUGACUUUCCGCAAGAACAUUUCGAAGGCCAGCCGCAGCUCUGAGAAGUCGCUGGCGCUGCUCAAGACCGUGAUUAUCGUCCUGGGCGUCUUCAUCGCCUGCUGGGCGCCCCUCUUCAUCCUGCUCCUGCUGGACGUGGGCUGCAAGGUGAAGACCUGCGACAUCCUCUUCAGAACGGAGUACUUCCUGGUGUUGGCUGUGCUCAACUCUGGCACCAACCCCAUCAUUUACACUUUGUCCAACAAGGAGAUGCGUCGGGCCUUCGUCCGGAUCAUGUCCUGCUGCAAGUGCCCCAGAGGAGACUCCGCCGGCAAAUUCACACGACCCAUCAUCGCCGGCAUGGAAUUCAGCCGCAGUAAGUCAGACAACUCCUCCCACCCUCAGAAGGAUGAUGGGGAUAACCCAGAGACCAUUAUGUCUUCUGGAAACGUCAACUCUUCUUCCUAAAAGUGAAAACUGCUGACCCAUGGGAAGCUUGCAUGGUUGCCCACCACCCCAGUGUUUGUUUGGAAAAGAAAAAACAACUCUGUGCCUCCACUGCUGCCAGGCAGGAGCUGUCGCAAGCCAGAGGGAGGGAGGGGAAGCGUAAGAACAGCCUGGAGGUGCCUGGUGUUGGUGGGUACACUUAGUUCCUGUGAACAAUGCACUGGGAAGGGUGGAGAUCAGGUCCUCGCCUGGAAUAUAUUUCCUCCCCUCGCUGGAGCUUUGAUUUUGCACUGAGCCAAAGGUCUAGCAUUGUCAAGCUCCUGAAGGGUUCAUCUGGCCCCUCCUCAAAGACUAAUGUCCCUGUGUGAAAGCGUCUCUGUCGGGAGCUUUGAGGAGAUGUUUUCUUUCACUUUAGUUUCCAGCCCAAAUGAGUGUGUGCACUUCUGCUUUGCUAGGUAUGCUCUGCAUAUCCUACCCUCCCUUCCCCUUCACACCCCUCCUCAGAAUUCUUUUACUUUAUAUUUUAACUACCUGGCAUUCAGAGUUGGGAGUGUGACAUGGUCCAUUUCUUGAUGAUGUGUAGCAGGUAGGCUGUGUCCAGCAGGUAGACUGUGGUGGAGAUGGUUUGGAGAUGUAAAGCAAUUUCACUUGCUGAAGCCAAAGUUUCCACGUAAGCUGGAUGAGUGUUUUUGAUUUUAGUUGCAGUCACUUUAAAAAAAAAAAAAUCUUUGCAAUGAAAUGUAUUACAGUAUCAUAUCCAUCAUGGCUGAAAUCUGCAUAAGGAAGUCCCAAUUUAUUUAAAUGACAUCAGCCAGGAUCCUUAGUGUCAUAGGAGAAACAAACAAGCAAAACAAGGUGAAAACUGACUGGGGGGUGACUUUGUAAACCAAGAAAGAUUUCUUAACGAAUUUGUCUGACAAAUACAGCAUCUGUCUUUGGCACUUUUGUUGAUGUUUCUUUCGGAGUGUUGUGUGAAUCAUUUCAACCAACAGGAUGACUGUAUUUUGUUGUGUUAAAAGUACUUUUUUAAUAAUUUUUGAAUGUAUUUGUUUCAACAUUUUAUUGGAUUUUCCUAACUUGUGUUAACACCAUUGAAUGUGUAUUUCUUCAGAAAAUACCAUCCUCUUGUGCCCUUAAAGCAUUACUUUAACUGAUAGGGAACAUAAGAAGUUUUUCAGUACAUUAAAUAGUUAAUUGAAGAUGUGUAUAAAUGUCACAAAGAAUAAAAAUAUAUUGGUGUCUGUU